AGGUGCAUACAAUUCAUUUUUGUAAUGAUUGCUAGUUACUCAUGCCCAUAGUCACAAAAAUGAGGGCGGACCGUCCAAAUGCUGCUGCUCACAAGCCUACCCGCAGUACAAAACUUGUCCAAAAAACCAUACUGGUACUGCCAGAGCAAAGUAGAGUUAAAAGAUCAGUAAAACCAGAUAGAAGAUCUGAUGUAGUGCCUUCUAAAGUAUCUACCCGCAAGUCCAAUGGAGCUGUUUUAGUUACAGAAUCUUUACCAAAAACUAACAGAAGGUUUUUUAGGAAAAAUGAUACACUACCUGUUAAAAUGGAGUCUAAAAUCUUGAAAAGAAAUGCAAUGAGUUUCUCUGCCAAGACUGAUGGUGCUACUACUGACACAGCUGCUCCUCUAAGGCGGUCAAGUAGACAAGCUGUGCGUGAGCGUCGAGUUUGGGCCAGAAGCAGUCGUCAGACUGGUGGAUCAUCAAGCCCUGAUGCAAUACCCAAAACCGCAUCUGAACUCAUUGUUAGGAAAUCAUUGAUACCUCAUAAAAACCGAGGUCGGCCUCCUACAACAAAACGCUCUGAAAUCAAGGCCAUAGAUUCUUCAGCUAAAACUGAAAUGACCAAGUUGAAAAAAGUGAAUUGUCGCUGCCCUGUCAAGUCAAGAAUUUCUGCACGCUGUAGGAAAUGUUCAAGACGAGAGCCAUCAAUGAGUAAUGGUAAGGCAGAAGUAAUCCCCAAUAUAACCCAGUCUCAAAAAUCAAAUAUUGAUAUUAACUCAAUUGAAAGUCCUAAUGAUGAGUUUGAAGAAAGUGACCAAGACCGUCCAGCAAUGAACAUUGAGCCUGUUAGUAACAAGGAAGUUGUAAAUGAUAUUAGUGAAUUUGCAUCUUCAAAUGAUGACACUGACUGUGUUGAGAAUGGUAAAGAAGAUUUGAAAACACACUUGAACAAUCCUGAGUAUUCUAAUUUCUCUUCAAUGUGCAACAUGCCCCGUCCAGAGGGGAAUCAGCUAGAUGUCAUGGAGACAAGCCGCAUCCUCAGAGAAAGCCUUCAAACUCCAUCCUUCCUCACAAAUUCAUUCUCGCCUGUGAGCUCACUUUUGGCUAAUCCCAGUUUGUCUGGUCUUGCAAGAAGUAAGCUCAGUCCAGGGGUGUCCAUAUCACUGAGCAGCUCAAAUCAUUCUAAGCUUAGAAAUAGUAUUACCAAUAAGAUGAUAGUGUCUUCUUAUUACAAGAAGAAGCGCAGCCUUCUUUUGCCCAACAGAUUGAAAAAUAUUACGAGCCAGCAGCGGGAUAGUAAGUUUCAAGUUGACGGCAAGAAUAAAACUGCACUGAUCUCUCAAACUGGUAAAACUCUGUUGGGUGAAAGAGUACAGACUCUGGUCACAGCUACAUCAUCACUUGUUAUUGACUCGGGGCAUCUAUCCAAACCUAAAGUGAUGUCUUCUCGUGAGCGGGAAAGAAGGGCUGAUGCUGCUAGCUCACUCCUCAGAAAAUUUCGCCUUCACACCUCAAAAAUGAAGUCUGCUGUGAAAAAAAACAUUCCGGCUGUUAAGAAUCUUAAAGCUGCUUCUGAAGAAGAGGAUAAUAAGAAGUCAGAACCUGAUCCUUCUAAGGAGGUGAAUGUAAAACCUAUCAUCCCCUCUGUUGAUGUCUGUGGAAAGCAUGAGGAGAAAUCUCUGGUAAAUUCUGACUGCAGCAAAGAAAAGUUUGAUGGCAGCUUGAAAAAGUGCGAUAAUUCUCCACUGAAGCAGUGCAAGGAGGAAUCAAAGUUGUGUGAGUCAGGAGUUGGUCUCACAGCUCCUGUAAAUUACAUCCCUGAGUUGCCAAUAUCGAGCACAAUAAGCAAGCUGAAAGCCCGCAUGCUAAGCCACUCAAACACUGGCAAUGCAAUGCUUCAACAUUCUAUGGAAAUAAAGUCUAACAAACCCACACAUUCACCAUUAAAAGAGGGUAAACAUUCUCCUAAAGAGAAAUUAAGUGCAACUCAUUCAAUUGCAGGAAAAGCUUCAAGCAAAAGUACUGCAGGCGCCAAUUCAUCAGUAGAAUCUAAAGGAAACAAUUGCCGAAAACAAGAGAUGCUUAGUGCUUCUACUCAUAACGCUGAACCUGCCUCGUCUGUGAAUGAUGAAUGCUUGUCUGCAGGGAAGGGAUGGGAUAUUAAAUCAGCCACGGAAUCAGCCAGUCUUGAAAUGGAUGAAGUCACCUUUCCAUCCACUGAAGGCAGGGUGCCUCUAAUGGCGGCGCUGGAGCAACUCGUGCAGCACGGCGAUGUACCGGAGGCAGAGGACUCCCAGAUCCUUACCAUACAUUCAGCAGAUAAUUUACAUGAAGUGCCAAUCAAAUCAAACGCAAACCUCCAUCCGAUGCCUGUUACAUCAAGUUUUAACCUGCAUCAGGACUCGGUCACUAUCAAUGAUGCUGGCAGUGCAAAAUCUAAUAAAGAAAAUACAGUCUGUAAAGUUGAAUCAUAUAAUGAAACCUCGAUUGAUUGCGUCGCAAGUUCUACGGAACAGAAAAAAAAUCAAGACUUCUCUGCAGCAACAAUGGACAUACUGAAUGCUGGUCGUUCAAUGGCUGAGAAAGAAUUUCUGCUUCCACAACCGGGAUUUGCUGCAGAUGCAGCGCCUGGCGAAGUUGUUGACGUGAGCUACGACGACCUCCCCCCUGGGGGGGCCAAGCGUCCGCCCCUGAUGCGCCCCACUGCACGUCCCCUCGGAAUCAAGACGCCCCUGAAGUGCUGCGAAUGCCCCAUGCAGUUCUGCACGGUGCGCUCUCUCUUCUGGCACUUCGGGACCCACUUCGGUGCCCGGCCCGGGCCCCGGGUCAACAUCCUGCUGGGGGACCUUGUGGCCCCUUGGCCCAAGGGUGGCCCCAGCAUCGCCCCUUCUACCAGCACCUCGGAACUUCCUGACAGCAGGGCUGGAACCACGGCAGUAAAUAUGGUGCCGCUCCCAAAGUCUGUUGUGUCUGAAGCUGAAAAAUCAAAUGUGAAAGGAAAAUAUGAUGGCAGUUAUUGCUCUGCUGGCAACGCAGGCGAGAGUCAGUGUAGUAAUGCUAGCCUAACUAAUUUAUCUUCGAUGCACGGUAAAAAGCGGAAGAUUAGUUCUUUGCAUAAAGGCAAAUCGGUUUCGUCUGACGCGAUUUCGCAAAUUCAGAAAAAGAAAAGUAAGUCUUGUGUUGUUCGUGAUGUUUCAAGAAAGAAAAAAGCCAUGAAAAUUGACCAGGUUACUCAAAGAUGUAGCCAAGUUAUCCCUCACAACACACCUCUCGCCGCUACAAGUUCUGGUAUUGUAGCCACAAUUGUUGGCAACCACAUGGUUGAAUCUACUUAUCACAAUCCAGAGGUGCCAUCUUUCAACACUUUCAACAGCAAGAACUAUAGCUUUAUCUCCAAUUCAGCAAAGCCUCGCGUCAAAGAUUUGUUGAAGGUUCCUAUACCCAGACUGAAAAAAAGUUUGAGUUUAAAAUUUCCAUCGAGUGAACCCAAGUCGCGUUUCGUGAGUAUCUUGCCUAAAGCUUCCUUGGAAGGAGUCAACUCUUCUCCUGAAAACAGCACGAGCAGGCAAGCGUCUUAUCAAGGGAGCGAGUCUCCUUCAGCUCAGCCCUCCCUUGGCUUGCAGAAAGGGAAAGUGAAACCCAUUCCAAUACCAGUAAACGCUUCUCAUAAAGAACCAACCAAACACCAAGCAUUGCAAGAUGUGCGCCGAAAUAGACGUAAAAAGUUCGUCAGUUCAAACGAACCCAUGCAACAGAUGGAAGAAUCUGUCGUGAUGAUAAAUCCCAAUCUUGGCUUGAGAAUUUUAUCCAAGUCUGAUGCUGGUGCUCUCAGUAGCUUGAAUAGCCCUUCGUCCUCAGAUGCUUCCUCAUCCUUCCGCGGCUCACGUUUCUCGCCUAACCCUCACAAUUCCCUAACAAUUGUGCCUCAGGUGGGCGACUUUACCCUGAAAAGCAAGAGCUCGUCUCCCCCAACGCCGGACAUAUUGACGAUCGUGCCACAGAUGAACCCUGCGAAGCACUCAUUUAAUGACACGAGGGACGUGACGAAGCAAGCCUCCAUCCUCACAGCGGCGGGAGCUUUGUCGCCAUCACGCGCCAUGAAGCUCGUCUUAGCGCAGCGAACUUCGGCGCCUCCUCCGCAUCCCUCGCAUGCUAUAAACUUCAAGGACAGGAGCGGCGAUGUUGACUCUGACGAGGAAAUUAUGGUGAUCGAUGAGAAGCCCGAAGAUGAGCUAAAAAUUGACCCGACAUCAAUGUGUACCGUUGCUAUUGAAGAAGACACAAACGCUGCACAGCUUUCAUGUAAUUCUUCACCAGAAAAAAACUCUGAUUCAGAGCAAGAAAUUAUUGAUGUCACAACUGUGGACGAUAAUCCUGAUACGUUGACUCUUUCUCCUAUUUCUAAACCUAUCAAUUAUUCCCGCUGCUCAUACGGGCCGCUCUCUCCGGAUGCCUCCCCAUCAGGUAGUACAGCUUCUCACCACAAAUCCCUAGUGGGGAACUACCAAUCUGGCGGCAAAUCUCCUGCUAUUUGGUCCAUUGAAGCUCCGUUACCAUCGACCACUUACAACCAGCUUACCAUUAGCAGCUACCAAUCUUCCAGCAAUGUCGGUAGCUCAUCACUGUCUUCUGUUUCUAUUACCAAAACUUCCUUUAAAUCAACUUUGCCUGCUUCGCUUCCCUUGUUGCUCCAAUCUCCAGCUUCACCCAUUACCUAUCCGCCAGUGUCUUCAGUUCUCUCGUCUCCAAAAUCUUCAGCGCUCCAAUCUCCAGGAUCAUCAUUCCUGUCCAAUCAUCUGACUUCACUGCAAAAAUCUCCGAUUUCAUUUGCCCAUCAGCCAGAUUCCCGAUCACUUGUGCCACUGCCUCACGUGCCGUCCUUCUCUCUGCCACUAGUGGCACCAACUGCCAUCUUACCGCCUCUGUCCACCUCUGGGAUUGUAUCUCUUUCCUCAUCACCGGCAUUACAUCUCACCAAGUCUUCCUAUGCUUCAAAUCCUUUGCUCUCGGUGUCACCUCAAGGCGGACAAGGCUCUAGAAACUCGAUCAUCUUGCCAUCAACGAUGCCGACGACUGCCAUAACAUCGAAUGUGAACACCCUCUCGGUGCCGUCUCUAUUGCCUCUCAAUUUAGCUACGAUCUCCAGCGCGCCGGCGUCAGGAGCUGCGGCUGGAAAUGUUAAACCGCUUCGUACUUACACUCCGAUGUCUAUUCCUUCAUUCAAAAAAGUUUCUGUGCCGUCAUUCACUUCGGUGACAGUGCCUUCGGUUCCUACGUUAUCGUCGCUCAGCAUUGCCCCUACAGCCCCGCUGCUCGCCUCAACUACCACCUCACCAGCGUCACUACAAUCUUUCCUGUUGGCAGCUCCUUCGUCUGUUGCCGCUUUACCACUGAACUGCAGCCGCCUUCACGACGCCCUUUCUUCAGGCGCCUUUUCCACAGCGAAAACUACUCCUGAUUCGAAAAGAGCAUCAAUUCCUUCUUUGACGCCUAUUAAUUUAACGACACAAUCGUCUCUUCAUCUCAGUACCUCUGUGACACAGCACUCUGGAGGUGAUGGUAUUCAGAACAAAGAUUCUCCUGUUUACCAAUCUGAUGUCAGUACGUCUUUGUCGGGUGAUGACAUUAUCACUAAAUCUAAGCCUUACGUCACCCUUGUCAACCCGAGCUUGAGUGAUGACGAGAGCGCCAAGUCUAAGUCUGACAUCACCCAAAGGACGACACCUGCUGGCGAAAGUCGCCUGCAGCGCCUGUCUGUGGUAGGUCGCUUCUCGAGUACCAAGCAGCGUAAGUACGUGUGCCCGCAUUGCGACCGCCGCUUCGGGUGGUCCACGGACCUCAAGCGCCACGUCAUCAUCCACACCGGAGAGCGGCCCUUCAAGUGCCAGGUCUGCUCCCACGCCUUCACCAGGAAGUUCCUCCUUCAGAACCACGUCAAGAGGCUGCAUUCCAAAAGCUGAAGUUGAGUUCCCAUCCAGAAAAUGAUCGUCCCGAGUGUGAAUUUUAUUAAAUGUUUGUAUGCGUGACAAGAAAUUUCUCAUUUACCGACAAAAUUGUUGGUGGUUUAGCUCACAAAUUCAAAUGUGUAAAUUUGACUGACUACUUUUUAUAUGCUAUAUUUACUUGGAAAACUACUUGAGUUCAAACUUUAGAAAGAAAAUUAUCAACACGCGUAUGAAGGGAUUGAAGAAAUUUAAUGCAAACAAGCGUGCGACGUGUUCCUUUUACCUUCCCACUCUUCGGGGACAUUUUAUCCUCACCCCAUUUCGUCCUAUUACCCCCUGCGCCACACCCAUCCAUCACCCGAGAUUGGCGUCCCUUACCUUUACCCUCAGCCUCAUUGGAAGGGGUUAAUGUCCAUCAUCCCCAGCCCCGUAGGAAGGGGAAAGAGUCCCCCCGUUGGAAAGGGAGGAGCCCGCGCAUGUGCAUCGCUCAAUCUAGUCUAACGUGUAAAUGAUGGUUUUAUCCUAAGAUAAUUUUUCAUUUGCUGAGAGAUAUAUUAGUAUUAUUUAGCUAAGGACUUGUUUAGCUAAGGGCAUUAAUUCUGUAGCGGCACUUGCUGUAUCCGCGAAGGCUAUUAGUUUCGUUUCACUGAACGAAUUUUUUUUCAAAGCCAAUAUCGGUGUAGUUUCUAUAAGGACCUACACGGAGCUCCUAUAAUGAACUACACUGAAUUCCUAUUAGGAACUACGUAUUUGAAAAAUUUCUUUUCUUGAAAAUUCCGCGAUGAGCAUCGGCAUGUAUUUUUAUACUUGAAUUGCUAAAGAGAAUAUUGUUGCAGUGACAAUUGUGAGAAAUUUUUGAACACUCGCGUGUAGAAUGAGUUGUAUUUUAGCGAUAUUCUUGUGACCGUUUUACCUUCUGAUGAGUUACUUCUCGUUAGGCCUUAAGUUUAAUUUUCUUUUGCUGUGGCUACGGCGCAGUAGGCCCAGUACUGCGGCGAGGGCCCUGUACUGUGCAGACAGGCGAAAUGACUUCAUUUCUAUAGCCAGCGCGAGGGCAUUUUUGUAUCCUUACGUCAUGUACGAAAUUGUUGUUUGUUGUAAUGUUAGAAAAAUGUUUUGUAACCUGUGUUGUUCUUCACUUGCAUGGUGAAAAUAUCAAGUGCGGAUUGAUCGUCAAGUUGUUCUCGUUCUUAACAAAGCCAGCGAAAUUGUUCCAAAACCUGCGCCUUCACUCGGGAAAAUGAAUGGGUCAAAGUGUCCAACUCACUUUCUUACCUGCAGCUCGAGCAAAGAGCGGCCCUUUUGCCGGACCAGGCUUAGUCAGGAUGAUUCCCACGAGUGCAAAAGGUACAUCAAUAUGUGGGCAAAGAUCCGCUCAAUUGCAAGAGCUUUCACGCCUUAUUUUACGUUCCGCGGUCUGUGAAAAUUAAACCGAGUAUAAAUUGUAUAAGUCGUAUUGAUUUUUUGUUCAGUUUUAGGCCUUUAGUUUUCCGUGAAGAAUAAUGGAUCAAGCCAAUAGUUUCAUUGCCAAUUCUGAUGCAUUAUUAUCUAUCGAACAUUCAUUCUAUAACUUGUCGAUGUCACUCGAGUCGAAGCACUUCAGGUAACCUUAACUUGUGAGCAAAAUCGAUUGAAAACUUUUUAAUAAAAUUUCAGUAGCUGGAAAAUUCUUGUACCACUUGUGAAUAUUAAAUCCAGCCAUAAUUACCUCGUUUUUAUUGCAAUGAUGCAAGUUUUUGUGCAGUGGAUCAUCGUAAUGAAUCGUGAAAUUUUAAUGUAAAACUUGCAAUUUUUGGAGAAAUUGUGGUUAGUUUUAAAGUUCAGUGUAUAAUCAAUUCACUAAUUAGCGACUUCGGUGGUUAUGCUUCCAAUUAAUGAUCUUAAUUUUUUUUAUUCUGGUUAAUUUUAAUCUGAAUGUAUUGGUUAUUUAUCAACGUUGCUUAUUUUGUGUCUUGCUUUUAAACUAAGAUUUUAUUCGUCGUGAAUCAUUCAAACUGUCGAAAAGCAUUGCAUAACAUUCACUAAUUUAGUCCCUACCGAAAUCGGCUUAUUUAUCGUUCAUUCAUCAUUGUCGUCCAAUCGUCUUCACGAACCGACGCUGGGCGUCAGCGAUUUGCUGACUCAUCAAGUGCUAAUUAAUUAAUUGAAGUUAUUGUUAAAGAUUUUUUUGUGCUGAUGUGCUAGGGAGAUAAUUGCGACUCUAAGACCGAAGGUAGACCCUCAGCGCGCUACAGAGGGCAGACCAUAUAAGGCGUCAUCUGCAUGAUCAACUUUGUUCAUACUACUGCCCAAAAUUAUUCCAACUUGUUCAUACAUAGAAAUUAUGAUAGUAUAUUUUGUAUGUUGGCUAUGUAUACAUUUUGUAACGCCUGAAUCGUGAACUGCUGGUUAAACAUAUAAAAUAUAUGCACUUAUCGUAC